AUGGUGCUCCAGCGCAACUGCCCCGCUCCUGCUUCUGGUGCCGGUCGUGGUGCCGGUGCUCCUCGCGGGGGGUUUAACGGUGGAUUCCGCGGUGGAUAUGGUGGUUACCCUCGUGCCGCUACUUGCUACAAGUGCGGUGGUCCCAACCACUUCGCUCGUGACUGCCAAGCUCACGCUAUGAAGUGCUAUGCCUGUGGCAAGCUUGGUCACAUCUCCCGUGACUGCACCGCCCCUAACGGUGGUCCCCUGAGCUCUGCUGGCAAGGUCUGCUACAAGUGCUCUCAGGCCGGCCACAUCUCUCGCGAUUGCCCUAACAACGAGGCUGCUAACCAGCAGCCUGCUGAGUCGGCUACUGCUCCUGCUGCCGCUGCCCCCGCUCCUGCCGCUACCACUGCCGCCGCUGAGGCCAGCGCCGAAGCUGCUUCUGUUCCGGCCCCUGCCCCCACCGCCGCUGUCGCUUAA